CAUUUGCACGAUGUCAAUCCAAGCUAGAAAUCUAAAGCCACAGCUAGCUGUUAGUGCAAAGCUCGAGCGGCUACCUAUGACCUCGAGCUUGGUUGCCGCGCUAAUGGCGAUCGUUGACAUGGCCAACGUCGGAGACCGCCAGCUGCAGCAGCAGCAGCAGCAGCAAGCCGCCAACACACAGGUAGCCGAGCAGCAGCACCAGGAGGAGGAGGAGGAGGAGGAGGAAGACAUGGACAGCGGCAGGAGCGAGCAAGAAUCGUACUGCCUCAAUAAAGGCGUCAGGCACCUCUCCGACAGCGGCAUUACCAGGCUGCCCGACAGGUACGUCCUGCCGCCCUCCGACCGCCCGGGCGCCGCCACCGAGGCCGUCAAGGACGACGACGACGGCGGCCUCUGCAGGGUGAAGCUCCCCGUCGUCAACCUGGCGCGCCUCCGUGACCCCUCCCAGCGCGUCGCCGUGCUGGAGACGCUCGACGCCGCGUGCCGGGAAUACGGAUUCUUUCAGGUGGUGAACCAUGGUGUGGAGAGCGACGUCAGUGGCGGGAUGCUGGACGUGGCGCGGCGGUUCUUCGAGCUUCCGUUCGCCGAGCGGGCGCGGUACAUGUCGCCGGACGUCCGGGCCACGGUGAGGUACGGCACCAGCUUCAACCAGGCCAACGACGCCGUGUUCUGCUGGCGCGACUUCCUCAAGCUCGUCUGCCAGCCGCUCCACGCCGUGGUCCAGUCAUGGCCCGACACCCCCACAGACCUCAGGGAGGUGGCAUCCAGGUACGCCACGGCGAACCAUGGGCUGUUCAUGGAGCUCAUGGAGGCGGCCCUGGAGGUCCUUGGCAUCCCCUGCGGCGGCGGCGGCUGCUUGCUGGGGGAGCUGACUGCGGGGUCGUCGCAGAUGAUGACGGUGAACUGCUACCCGGCAUGCCCGCAGCCGGAGCUGACGUUGGGGAUGCCGCCGCACUCGGACUACGGCCUCCUCACGCUGGUGCUGCAGGACCACGUGGAGGGCCUCCAGGUCAUGCACGACGGCCGCUGGCUCACCGUCGAGCCCAUACCGGGAUCAUUCGUCGUCAACGUCGGCGACCAUCUCGAGAUCUACAGCAACGGGCGGUACAAGAGCGUGCUGCACCGGGUGCGCGUGAACUCGACGCAGCCGCGCAUCUCGGUGGCGUCGUUCCACAGCGUGCCGGCGGAGCGGGUGAUCGGGCCGGCGGCGGAGCUGGUGGACGACGAGCGCAGCCCGCGGCGGUACAUGGACACGGACUUCGCCACCUUCCUCGCCUACCUCGCGUCCGCUGAGGGCAAGCACAAGACCUUCCUCCAGUCAAGGAAGCUGCCUGCUGCUAUAAGCUAGCUGAUUAACCACUCAAUAAUCAGCUAACUGCAGCUGGUAGCUUAUACUAUAAUGUAUUUCGAUCUUAAUCUAAUCGACAAAUAAAAUUAAUCUCCCUCAAGCUUGACCAGUCUUGGCUAGAGGUUGCAUUCA